CUAGGCAAUGUCCAAUCCAACUUGUGGUCAGCAGGUAAAAGGUUAAAAUUGAGUUUCUUAGCUAUAUUAGAAACCUAAGGCAUAAAUAAACUAAAUGUGACAAAAGCCUGUCAGACCAGUAUAAUCUCAUUUUUUUGUCUUUGUAAUUUUCCACAUUGUAAAAAUAUUUGAGGGAGCUUAAGAACAGAUCAAAUUUUGCUGUUUUUUCACUGUUCUGCUGAGCUCCAUGUCGGCAUUUCUUGAAUUUCAGAAGGACAUUACACUAUUUCAGAGCUGAGAUUCAGAAAUCAUGGCCCGGAUGUCAACUGCUAUUACAGUGUUGGUUGCUGCACAAACAUUCUUGCUAUUGUUGCACUUCAGGAGAAAUAAUUUGCCAUCAAACAAAGAGGAAAAAACUCACAUACUUAUACUUUCUUCAUGGAGGUCAGGAUCUUCAAUAGUUGGCCAUAUGUUCAGUCAGCACCCUGACGUCUUCUUCUUGAAUGAACCAGGCUGGCAUGUGUGGGUAUCCAUGUUUCAGAAUGAUGCUGAUAUGCUGCAGAUGCCAGUAAGAGAUGUGCUCCGAUCAGUCUUUCGUUGUGAGUUUUCUGUUUUUGAUGCAUAUAUUAAAGUAACUAGCAAAUUGUCAAACUUGUUUCUGUGGGCAACAAGCAGAGCCCUGUGCUCACUUCCAGCAUGUGAUGCCUUUCCACGCAAUGAAAUUACAAAUGAAACUAUUUGUAAAAGACUUUGUGCAAAAUAUCCAUUUGGUCGGAUUGAAGAAACAUGCAAAUUGUACAACCAUUUGGUCGUAAAAGAAUUCCGUCUCUUUGACAUCAAAGCCCUCUAUUCUCUUCUGACUGAUUACUCACUGAAUUUGAAAAUUAUUCACUUGGUCCGUGAUCCUAGAGCCAUUGGUAAAUCCCGUGAGCGAGCUGAAUGGUAUUUAGCUCGUGACAAUAACAUUGUACUCAGAAGCACUGGACCAGAUGUCAAUGACAGCUUCUAUUCCAUUAUGUCAAAAAUCUGUCAAAACCAUGCCCAAAUGUAUAAAACAGUAGCUUUUAGUUCUUCUACUUUCCUUAAAAAUCGUUAUAUGUUGGUAAGGUAUGAAGAUGUAGUUAGACAACCUGUAAAAGAAAUGAGACGAAUGUAUGAAUUUGCAAAUCUGAAACCUAAUACUAAUCUUGAGCAGUGGAUAUACAAAAUAACACAUGGGGUGACAACAGGUAAAAAUAAGGAACAAUUUGAAUUUACCCCCAGGGAUGCAGUCAAAGUGUCCCAGGCUUGGAGGCAUAUUCUUGCUUUCAAGAAACUCAAGGUGAUACAGGAUGCAUGUGGGGAUGCCAUGGCUACAUUUGGUUACAGAUUCAUACAUUCAAUAGAACAGCAGAGGGACCACUCAAUGGAUUUUGUUUUACCAAAGCCACAGUUCUAGAAGUAUGUUAUAAAAAGACAACAUUUGUAUUUGUGUUCCUUAGUUAUACUAUGUAAAGAACUGAACAGUUGUCUCACUAAUUAUUUUACUUUGGCCAAACUAAACUUUUUUCCUGGAGUUUUGACCAACGGGGGAACUUGUUUUUUCAUACAAAGAGUGUGCUGUUAAGGCAAUGGCACACGUUAAGAUUUGUUGAAUCUGUGGUACUGUGGACGGCAAAUCUCCUGAAAAUGCCAUCCCCUUCACUAACAUUAGAACUACUAAUCAGGAGAUUUGUCCAUCCCACUAGUGCAGAUUUAGCCAUGGGUGACAAAUCUUGCCAUGUGCCAUUGGCCUCAGUUAUCACGAGAUAUUGUUUCCAUGUUAGGGUAUUAUUGCCAAUCUCUUUCAAACCUACUAUCAAUAACACAGCUCAAAAGUACUUGAAACAGCACCCCAUCGAUUUACACACUGAAAUAACCUGACAACCCCUGUGUCAGCCAAUAUUUGCCUGGACAUGUGACAUGUAUACUUUUUCUAGGCAGCUAUCACCAGAAAAGUCCAAAGGGGCUCUGUUUAGUCAGUAUGACACUGAAUUUUUAUCUACUUCACUAUAGUCCCCUAUAUAAAAACCAAUAGCAACCAAUAAGAUGUUUUUAAGCAGUAAAUGCUCCCUGCUGAUUAGUUGCUAUAGGUGUGUUAACCUAUAACAAAUUUUGCAACUUUUAUUACAUGUCUUUAAAAUGACUAAUGCUGAGUAUGUUUUUGGAGGACUGGAUAUGAGAAGUAAUUGUAAUCCAGCAAAAUAAAAAAUAAAAAUAUCUGUGCUUAAAAUAAAUAGGAAUAAUACGAGUAAGAAAUAUGAGUAACUAAUAGCUUAUGCAAAAUAAAAUAGCAUUUACAGAAACCUGAUACUGAAUCUUAAACAUGAUUUUGAAGAAAUGGAAGCAUUUGGAAAUAGUAUUAAAAAUAGUACUCCCUGUCCUACUUUAUUUCUGACUUUCCCAACCGAGAGCUUCAGGCGACAGCCUCUCUUUUGUUAUUCUGCUUUCUUCAAAUACAUAUCAAAUUGUAAAUUUUAAAGUGAAAUUUUAAAUUGUGAUGAACUUUCUGUUUUUU